GUUUAAUAAAAUAGAAUGAAGGGAUGACAAGAUAAGAUAUUUAGGGAUUAUAUUUCCACAAGAGUAUUAGUGGUGCCGGUAUUUUAUCCUUUCAGCCUCCUCCUCAGUUCAGUCAGACAUUGUUACGGUGGAGUAUUAUGUAUGUAUGGUUGUUGGGCGGGUGAAGCAAGAGGAGCUGAACAGCCCUGGUUCCGAUGGACAAACGCAAAAGGAAAUCCGGCGGCGGCUUAUCCUAGCGGCGUCGGGCUUGGUGAAGGAGCUGAGGCUGAGCUGUUGGUGAAGGCAGAGAAAUGGAGAGAGUAAGCAUUCCAUUCACUAAUCAAAAUCAGUUCCCACACCGACCAGGCCAGAGAAGGAAGAAGAGAAACAUAACUCUGUGUGCGUGAGACAAACGAGUGUACGAAAGGUAUACACUAAGGCUAUGUUUGGCACAACGGGCUGAAGCUGAAGGCUAAUGUCUGAAAUAGGAGCUAUUGUCUGAAUGAUAAACUAUUGUCUGAAGCUGAACAUUGAAUUGCUGAAUCUGAAUCGCUAGCUGGGUGGAGUAGACCCGUUUGGCAAAAAGAGCUGAAAACAUGCAGGAAUAAUAUGAAAUUACAUUAAAGGACAUAUGAUUUAUUAAUAUAAUAAAGUGUGUUUAUCAUAAUUAUUUUUAUAUUUACAUCUUUUGGUAAAAUAUAUGUAUACAUGUAAUAUAAUACAUAUUAUAUAAUUUAGUACUUCGUAUAAAAUAAUAUAAUAAGAAUUUUGUUUUUUAUUUUAAAAAGAGAAAAACCGCAAACAUGAAGUAGAAAUGAAACUUGUUAGACUUUGAUCCACUAAUCAAGUCAAUAUAAAAAUAGAUAAUCAAUAUACUAGUGCAGAAGAAACCUCAGAAAUUAGAGGGAUGAUGUGUAUCCACUAUCCAUUAUCCAACAAGCAAUACACAAACAAAUAUAUAAUCGAAAAGAAAAGCAGAUGGAGAUAAAUUCUUGGGAGAAAGCAAUGAUCAACGAAUUGAAUAAACUGAUCACCCGAUGGAGUAAAUAAAGGUGAGUCUGGAGGAUAAUUUGGGAACCGAAUUUUUUUUAAUAACCGGCUGAAUACAAACGUUGGAGUUGAUAGCGUUUCUAUCCAGCUCUAAUUUUUCAGGUUCAGCCCAUUUAAGUUCUUUUGCCAAACAGGUCUACUUGUAAAAUAAUUGACUGAAAUUUUAAUAUUUCAGCUCAUUUUGAGCUUAUUUGGCUUGCCAAAUAUAGCCUAAAACUAAAAUAUGUACACCAUGCAUCUUUCUAAAUAAAAUUGUCUCUAUGGAAACAACUUUUGUAUUUCUUUAUCCGUAUUUUAUAUGGACAAUUAUGUUUGUGUGAAUAGUGAACAAAAAAAAUGUAUGUCAAUCAUUCUUUUUGCUUUUCUGUUCACACACUUUGUUACAGAUGAAAUUGUCUAUAUAUAAACAAUUUAUAUACUACGUAUUUCUUUGUAUUUCUAUACAAACGAUUAUACUACCUCCGUCCCGUUGGAAUUUCCCGGUUUGACCUACACACAUAUUAAGGAAAUAAACUUACCAGGGGGUAAAUUUUACUGUUUGACACUGUUUUGCACUGUUUGACACUGUUUUGAUGUAGGAUAACUUUCCAUUUAGGGAAAUGAGAACUUUCCAUUGGGACAUCCAAAAAAGGAAAGUGGGAACAUUCCAACGGAAACAUUUCCAUUGUGAGGAGAGAUAAAGUGUGCGAAUUAGGAAAAAAAGGUGUACGCCAAUCUCUUUUGCUUUUCUAUAUACUCCGAAUAAAAUCACAUUGAGUGCGAGGAAAGUGAGCAAUUCUGCCACACCAAAUUAAAUUAGGACUAAUAUGGUAACUAGGGGUGGUUCCGUACGGUAUACCUUAUAUUUUUUCUCAUACCUUUGCCGUACCAAAAUUUUCGGUAUGCAAAAUUUGCAUACCUUUACCUUACCGAAGUUUCGGUAUACCGCAUUUCGGUAUACCGAAGUUUCGGUUCGGUAACGGUACGGUAUCGGUAAAUUACCGUGCAUGUCUCCCAAUACAAAAAAUUAUCAUAGACUAACGAAAUAUACUAAAUCGUUAUUACUAGUGACAUAUUAAAUUUAUUAUUAAAAUGUUACAGAAUACAAUUAAUAAUCUAUUGAUGUCAAUUCAAUAUUGAACAAUAAUUAUUAUUAGUAUAUUUAAGCAGUUCAACAUAUCACAUAUUAAAAAGUAACGCAUUCUCCUAAAAUAACUUGAACAAUAUAGAUAUAAUUAAAUCAAUAGUGAUCUCUAACAAAAAUAAAUAAAACUAUUCAAACAACAUGGAUAUAAAAUCAUUUUUAUAAUUUCUUAAAAAUUGAAUAAGACUUUCGGACAAAGUUGUGUGUCUCGACUCGCUGAAUCUCUAUGUACAUACACUUGUCACAUAAGUGUAUCUCUCUUCACUCGUCAGCUACUUAGCGGCUCAGUCAUCACGACUUGCAAGCUCUUGGAACAAGAUGGACUUGUUUCUUGACAUUUGUACAUUACUCAUUAGUCAUUUAAGGUUAGCAUAGUAGAAGCCUAUAAGGUUAUAGUGAGUUUGAGAAAUUGGACCUUUAUUUUUGUAUUUUUGUAUUUGUAACCAACUUAAGUAUUAAUUUUGGGCUUCAAAAUUGUAAUGAAUUGCUACAAUAUAUUAGAAUUAAAAGUAAUUGUUGAGUAGAGAGUCGGUACGGUAUUAUACCGGUAUACCGCGGUAUUUGAAAACAUUUACCGUUACCGUACCGAAAUAGACCGGUAUGGUAUGAUACCGUACCGAAAAUGACGGUAUACCAAUAUUUCGGUAUUUUCCAGUAUUUUUCGGUACGGUAAGUGCGGUAUACCGAUAUUUCGGUAUUUUUGCCCACCCCUAAUGGUACCUAACGCUGGGGAAUGAAAUUAAAGCACGAGGGGGGACGUGUCAAAUCAAACCUGCCACAAAACUCGCCAUUUUCGUUGCAACAGUCUUCAUAUCAUAGCAACACUCAAAACGCACGUGACGGAAAGUUUAGAUCUUAAUGUCGGAUCAGUCAAGAACAGCUAGAGUGAGUAAUAUCGGGCGAGUCCAAAUACAAUUCACUGCGGGUAAAAGUAAAAAACCCACGUUUUCCUCGUUCGCAAAAUAAUGAGUCCAUGACCUUCGAGGCUGACUUAUAAAUAUUAAAAGCACGCCCUUUUCUCCAGCUGAAUCUUGAUCUUGCUUUUUACUCUGGACCCAGAAAUCAUGGGUUCCUCCAGAUUAUGGUUAUUGUUUUUGGUUCAUUUCCUGUUUUCCGCCAACCCCAUUUCACCAGCAGGCUUAGAAUGGAGGCCAGAGGAGAUCCCCAAGAAUUUCUUGGAAUUGGCCAAGGAAUCUGAGGUUUUUGAUUGGAUGGUGGGGAUAAGGAGGAAGAUACACGGGAAUCCAGAGUUGGGGUAUGAGGAAUUUGAGACGAGUAAGCUGAUAAGGGAGAAGCUGGAUGAGUUGGGGGUUCCCUACAAGCACCCAUUUGCUGUCACUGGUGUGGUUGGGUAUGUUGGUUCUGGGAACCCUCCAUUUGUGGCUUUAAGAGCAGACAUGGAUGCUCUUUCUAUGCAGGAAUUGUUGGAGUGGGAGCACAAGAGUAAAGUUGAUGGAAAGAUGCAUGGUUGUGGACAUGAUUCACAUGUUGCAAUGCUUCUUGGUGCUGCCAAGAUUCUUCAAAAAAAUAAACACAUGCUUGAGGGAACGGUUGUUCUGGUUUUCCAACCAGCAGAGGAAGGUGGAAUUGGAGCUAAGAGGAUGCUAGAUGCUGGUGCGCUAGACAAGGUUGAGGCCAUCUUUGGUGUGCAUGUAUUUCCUAGCUAUGCUCUAGGCGAUGUGGCAGCCAGAGCGGGGCCCAUAGGUGCCGGAAGUGGUUUCUUUGAGGCAGUGAUAACCGGGAAAGGCGGUCACGGUGCUAUUCCUCAGCAUGCAAUUGACCCAAUUCUCGCUGCUUCAAAUGUCAUUGUCAGCUUACAGCAUCUUGUCUCCCGAGAAGCUGAUCCUUUAGACCCUCAGGUAGUGACGGUUGGUAAUUUUCAAGGAGGUGGCGCAUUUAAUGUGAUUCCCGAUUCUGUUACUGUUGGUGGAACCUUCCGGGGAUUCUCAAGGGAAGGAUUCGCACAUCUGAGAACACGCAUUGAGGAGGUAAUCGUACAACAAGCUGCAGUUCAUAGGUGCAACGCGACUGUGACCUUCGACGAAGACACGAAACCAUUUAUCCCUCCCACCAUUAAUGACAAGGGGUUGCAUCACUACUUCCACAAAGUUGCUUCUGAUAUGCUUGGGAGCUCUCAUAUCAAGGAAGCUGCACUCAUGAUGGCUAGCGAAGACUUUUCAUUCUAUCAGGAAGUGAUGCCGGGUUAUAUUUACUUGCUCGGUAUGCAGGAUGAAAAUGGCGAUAAACUUCCUUCACCACACUCGCCGUAUUUUAAGGUCAAUGAAGAUGCCCUCCCUUAUGGUGCCGCCCUCCAAGCGUCAUUGGCAGUAAGGUACCUUCUUGACCACAACCCGAAGGUUCCAUCGCCAAAUGCAAACAAGCAUGAUGAAUUGUGAGGGCCCCUGUGAGAGUAAUAGAUCAUAGUCCUCAUUUCUUGGUGUAUGUGUUAGCAUCUGUUCAUGAAUUAUAAAUAAUGUAUGGCGCUUCAAUUGCUUCUUUUAUUUAUUUAUUGAGGGCUUUCUUGAUCAUUGUCUUGAUGUAAAUUAAGUCAUGUUUCUCAGUUUCUCCAUGAUGCGCAAGCGAUCAUGUGUUCGUCUUUCAAAUCUCAAUUAAGCUUAUGCG